UCCUCAGGUAUAAAAGGCCCUCGUGCCUGUCAUCUAAUCCAGGUCGAUACCUUCUUUCCCUUUUGUUGCCAGUGUUAAAAGUCAUUUAGCCAAUUUAAAAUGCCCAGAUGCCCCGAAAAAUAUUGAACAACUCCGAAAAGAUGGAAAAUACGCCGAUUAGCAAAGGACGAGGCCGAUGGCGAGCAGUCGUGCCUGGGCAUCCAUGCUGUAAAGAUCGAAAAAUAAUAAAUGCAAAAUUUAGUAAAGUGAGAAAUGUGUAAAAUAAUGUUGUGUCUACUUACCUUGUGGUGUACGGUUAGUGCAAUGUCUGUUUUUAAAAGUGGUUCUCGUUUCAAAAGCGAUGCAAAAGUUAACUGCACUCCCAUACCCGAAGAAGUUCUAAGUGAAAUCCUCGGUGCGUCUUAUAAUUCUCGUUACAUGAGUAUCAACAAACCCCAAAUCCAUGCACCAACCGAUAACAAUAGUGGUAAACGCCAAACGGAUCCCUCGGAGCCAUCUUUCUACGUUGACGACGACUACCAGCGCGAGCUGGGACCCGAACCAGCCUGGAACCUAAAAUCUUUAACCCUGGUGCAACGUUCGAAACGCGCCACAAAAUAUAAAACUUUAGAAAAACGUGAACCCUGGCAGUGUGAAAAACGUAUCCAGUGGCUCGAUUUGGGCCCUGAUUAUUUUCCGAGGUACCUCAGAAGUGUCGAGUGCACCAAACACACGUGUUUUUAUGGUCAUUAUAGGUGCAAACCAAGAUCCUUCACUUUGAGGCUUAUGCGAAGGAAGGCAGGAUUGUGUGCGCAAUUGGAACCCGAUAAAAAAAUCGGAGUUGCAGGAUUGCCUUUGCAAUUGCGAGAAUUGUGGGUUUGGGAAGAAAGGGCUGUCAAUUUUUGCUGCGAAUGCGCUGCAGGAUAAAGGACAUUGGUACAGGAAAAAAUGUGUGUAAAUAAUCCUAUUUGUUGACGAACAUGGUAAUACAGAGAUCCUGACG